UCAACAGAAAGUGACCUGAUAUCAUCAAAAAGUGUCCCCGAAAUGUCCCCAAAUUAACAGGAAGUGACCUGAUAUCACUAGGAGAUGACCCAGAAAUGUCCCCAAAUUAACAGGAAGUGUCUGUGAAAUGUCCCCAAAUUAACAGGAAGUGACCUCACCUGAUAUCACCAGGACAUGUCCCAGAAAUGUCUCCAAAUUAACAGGAAGUGUCCCUGAAUUGUCCCCAAAACAACAGGAAGUGACCUGAUAUCAUGAGUACAUGACCCAGAAAUGUCCCUAAAUCAACAGGAAGUGACCUGAUAUCAACAAAAAGUGUCCCCAAAUCAACAGGAAGUGACCUGAUAUCAACAGGACAUGACCCAGAAAUGUCCCCAAAUUAACAGGAAGUGUCUGUGAAAUGUCACCAAAUCAACAGGAAGUGACCUGAUAUCACCAGGACAUGUCCCAGAAAUGUCCCCAUAUCAACAGGAAGUGGCCCAUCACUAGGACAUGACCCCAAAAUCAACAGGAAGUAACCUGAUAUCAACAGGAAAGGUCCCACUUGCUAGUUCUUCUUUUUCUCACUGGCCUUUGAGAUAAGACAAACACUGGGCUAGAUUGUGGCGUCAUUGACAAAUUCUUAUUGGGCUACCCAUUUUCAAGACCUUAUUUCCCAAAGUAGUCCAAGGCAUCAAGCAAGGUUGUGUCAGGGAUCAUGAAGGAAUGUUCUGAACGUGAUGAUUACUUCAGAGUUUGAGGCUGAAGGCCAGCAUUCCAGUGAUGCAAUUGGUCUGCAACAGGACUUUAUUUCUUUUGUCGUUUAUUACUGCAUAAGUUAUUGAAGUAUUGUAAUGUUAUUGAAAUACCUUAACAGUUCAUCCAUUGCCAUAAAUGAUCUGUUCCGCAUAUGAAGAUGGCCCUCUAGCCAUCGCAGUCAUACGAGCUGAUUUUUCGCAGAGGAUAAAGAAUACGCGCCUUUAUUUAUGAGCCAAAUUUGAGUUCGUAGCACCGGUGAAUGGAGGUGAACAGUGCUUCUUGCAGACUGCUUUUUCCAUUAGGCAAAAAAAAAAAAAAAAAAAAAGGAAGUGUUGUAACGCAGGAUGAAGGAGGCGGAGCCGCCGGCCCAACCGCCUGCUCGCAGGUCUGUCCGGCCGUCUCACACAAAGCCAGGAGCUGCUCACAAUGGAGUUUGCCAGUGCAGCGCUGUGAGCGCUGUGUCAACACCUUGCAGAUGACAUCUGGGGAGAGCAGCUCGUCGGAGGACGAUGAGCAGGAAGAGACACGGCCCGAGGGCGGCGGCGGCGGCGGCGGCGCCAGCCUUUCGGGCAUCUCGUCCACCCUGCGCGCCGUCGUCCGCAUCAAACAAAAGUACCAGGCCUUGAAAAAACGGAGGCAAGAGAUGGCACUUCUAGCGGGCGAGGGGUUCCCGGGGGCCCCGGUCCGCACCAGCCCAAAGAUCUUCACCUUCGACACCGCCACCGCUCACGCCGUGUCGUCGCCCCUGAGGAAGAAGCGCAAGAAGAAGAGGAGGGUGCUCUUCCCUAACAGGAGGAAGAGAAAAGCGGCUGGGCCCACCGAGCCGAGUCACGCCCGCUUUUGUCUCUAUCUGCUCAGCGCCAUACUCUUUCUUCAGGUGUACAACGCCAUCGAGAACCUGGAUGACCACGUGAUCCGCUACGAUCUGGAAGGUCUGGAGAAGACUCUGGGCAGGGAGGUGUUUGGCCAGCAAGGGGCGGUGGAGGCACUGCUCUGGCACUUGAGGGACUUCCUCUCCACCUACGUGCACAACAGGCCGCUGGCGCUGUCGUUGCACGGGCCCGUCGGUGUGGGCAAAAGCCACCUUGGCCGCCUGCUGACCGGACACUUUCGCUCGGUGCUGGGAGAGCCCCUGGUGCUGCAGUACUUCGCGUUGCACCACUGCCCCCCGGAAGAAGCCGACGGCGCCGGCUGCGCCCGCCGACUCACAGCUUCCAUCGCCGAGUUGGUGGAGCUGGGCGAUCGAGAGGAGAAGAUCCCGCUGUUCGUGCUGGACGAGGCCGAGCACAUGCGCAGGGAGGUCCUGGACGCCCUGCUGGAGCUGGUGGACUCUCCCCCAGCCAACCACUACCUAAACGCCGUCUACGUGCUCCUGGGCGACCUGGGCCACGAGCUCAUCGCCGAGCACCUGCUGCGUAACGCCUCGGCGGGGACGCCGGCCGACGCGGCGCCCGCGCUCAGACGCCACCUGGAGAGCCGCCACCCGCUCUGGGCCCGGCUCCACCUACUGCCUCUAGGACUCCUCGAGAAAAGGCACGUGGCCCGCUGUUUUACGGACGAGAUGAGCCAGGAGGGCUUCUAUCCGGACCACGCCCACGUGGAGCGCCUGGCCGCCGAGAUCCGCUAUUAUCCACCCGUGGGGGCGAAGGAGUAUUCUGUCACCGGCUGUAAGCAGGUGGUGGCCAAGGUCAAUUUGCUGUGACCCCCGCUUGCCCUCUGAUUUAAAAAAAAAAAAAAAAAAAAACAGAAGUGGGCCAGUCCUCAAUCAUAGACUUCAUAAUGAUAUUGACGGGGCGCGGAGCCGAUUAAUAGGGGGCCUAUCUCCGUCAAAGCUGACCGAGUGGAAACACAGACAAAGAGCUUUUUACGUUGAAAAUUCUUGUGAAUAAAUGCUUAAAUCCCUGAAUUCUUUAUAGAUAUGAACGUAAAACAGUCUGGAUUCUUGGUUAAAAGCAAAAAAAAAAAACGUGAAGCUAGCAUUUAUUUUACGUAAAUAUGUUAAAUGUGCUGCUAGUCUUUAAGCCACAGUGGCGCCGCCUUAUCACAACAAAGAGCUUUUUACGUUGACAUUUUUGGGAAUAAAUGCUUAAAUCCCUGAGCUUAAAAACCAAGGUGGCCAAACCGACCCAAGUGUUUUUGAAAUAGCUAGUCGUUGUCCGACAGACAGACAGCAACCAUUCAUAUGUAAAUGCAACUACUUGACAUGCAUUGUGAUAGUAUGCAGCCCAAACGAAGGGGAACACACCAAGGUUGAACUAGUCAUGUGAUAGUUUGUGUCAGUUCAAGUCAAGCUACAUUUAUUUACGGAGUUUUACACUUUUUACACAUUUUUUAAAACUCACUUCUCCGAUACUCUACACACAAAAAUAGAAAAAAAAUGGCACAAAUGUGUACAUUGUUUUUGAAAAAAAAAAAAGUAUUUUAGAACUCCAAUCUGAGUGUAAAGCAGGAGUUGUGUCUAUAGUUUAGAAGGACUGAAUCAGGGGCAUGGAUCAUGAAUUUAGAAUACACAUUUAGGUCAUUAUUUGUUGUUUUUGUGUGUGGAGUAUAAGAGAAGUGAGCUGAAAAAAAUGUGUAAAAAGUGUAAUUAGCCAUACAUAGACUUCAUAAUUAUAUUGAUGGGGCCGAUUAAUAGGAGGCCUAUCUCCGUCAAAGUUGACCGAGUGGAAACACAGAAAAAGAGCUUUUUGCGUUGAAAAUUCUUGGGAAUAUAAAUGCCUAAAUCCCUGAAUUCUUUAUAGAUAUGGACGUAAAACAAUCUCGAUUCUUGCUUAAAAGCAAAAGAAAAAAAAAAACGGGCAGUUAGCAUUUAUUUUAUGUAAAUAUGUUGAAUGUGCUGCUAGUCUUUAAUUUACUGUGGCGCCGCCUUAUCAUAACAAAGAGCUUUUUACAUUGACAUUUUUGGGAAUAAAUGCUUAAAUCCCUGAAUUCUUUAUAGAUAUUGACGUAAAAUAGUCUCGAUUCUUGGUUAAAAGCAAAACAAAAACAAAAAAACUGUUGCACAAUCUGUGGGGUGGCGUGGCUCAGUUGUAGAGUAUUUAUCCCCCAACCCUGAGGUUGUGGGUACGAUUCUCCGCUCUGAUGAACUCGUCUAUAUAUCCUUGACCAAGACACUGAACCCCAUGUUGCUCCUGGUGCUGCGUCAUCAGUAGGUGGAUGGCGAUGUAGUGUAAAGCGCUUUGAGGGGCUUGAAAGUUGGAAAAGCCAUAUACAAGUAUAGUAGUCUUGAAGCCACUGGGGCGCCUACUUAUUACAACAAAGAGCUUUUUACGAUGAAUUUUUUUAGGAAUAAAUGCUUAAAACCCCGAAUACUUUAUAGAUAGGUACGUAAAACAGCUAAAAGCAUAAAAAAAAUAAAAAAAAAAACGUGCACUUACCAUUUAUUUUACGUAAAUAUUGCGAACUAUGACGCCAAUCUCAUAGCGGUUAAUUUCUCCUACUGAUUUUUUUCACAAUUUCUCAAAAUUAGGGCUGUCAAAAUUAUCGCGUUAACGGGCGGUAAUUAAUUUUUUAAAUUAAUCACGUUAAAAUAUUUGACGCAAUUAACACACAUGCCCCGCUCAAACAGACUAAAAUGACCGUACAGUGUAAUGUCCGCUUGUUACUUGUUUUUUGGUGUUUGGCGCCCUCUGCUGGCGUUUGGGUCCAAUUGAUUAUAUGGGUUAGUACCAUGAGUGAGCAUGGUGUAAUUAUUGUUAUCAACAAUGGCGACUUACUAGUUUAUUUUUUUAUUGAAAAUUUUACAAAUUUUAAUAAAACGAAAACAUUAAGAGGGGUUUUAAUAUAAAAUUUCUAUAACUUGUACUAACAUUUAUCUUUUAAGAACUACAAGUCUUUCUAUCCAUGGAUUGCUUUAAGAGAAUGUUAAUAAUGUUAAUGCCAUCUUGUUGAUCUAUUGUUAUAAUAAACAAAUACAGUACUUAUAUACCGUAUGUUGAAUAUUCAUAUCCGUCUUGUGUCUUAUCUUUCCAUUCCAACAAUAAUUUACAGAAAAAUAUGGCAUAUUUUAGAGAUGGUUUGAAUUGCGAUUAAUUAUAAUUAAUUUUUAAGCUGUAAUUAACUCGAUUAAAAAUUUUAAAUCGUUUGACAGCCCUACUCAAAAUGCAUGUGUGGUAUGAAAACUACAAUAAUUACCUUGAAAAUCACUCAAAUCACUACUGAGACAAUGCUUCCUGUUUCUAUGCGGUACAGCUUUUGUACUUUUUCAACCUAAAUCCGGCGUUGGAUCGCUGCAUGUGUUGAAUAACCGACUUUGACCGACUGAAGUGGAGUGUAGGACGGCCCCCUACUUGAAGGUGUGGCACAGUGUCUGGGGAGUGUGACCCGUCAAUAUCAUUAUGAAGUCUAUGCCUCAGUGACAUCACACAGAAACUUAUUGGCUGCCAUUGACAGUGACCAGAAAUGUGAUUCAGAAAUGCCACAAAAUCAACAGAAAAUGACCUGAAAUUGUACCUAGACCCACAGAAAGUGACCCGGAAAUGCCCCAAAAUGAACAGGAAGUCAACCCGGAAAUGCCCCAAAAAGCAAAUUGAAAUGGAUCUGGAAUUGAACCAAAAUGAACAGGAAGUGACCCAUAAACAAGCCAAAAUUAGGGGCAGUUUACAUGGCGACUCUGCGACACAAAGACGCAAUGACUGAGUAGCGGACUCGCCUCGCGUGCAUAUGGUGUCGGCGACGACGAAAAAUUCUGAAUCCUGCCUCCAAAGCGGAAGAAUCCGUUUGCCGGGGAUUGAGGGGGGGGGGCUUUCUCGGCAUGCAUAUCAAAGGCUCCCGCGGCGCGAGCCCGCGCAGUUAACGUCAGCACUCGUACACGUCACAUUGGGCGUGUGCAGCGGUCCUACUAAGCAUUAAAAACAGCAAAUAUUGCGGAAUGUCGGCGUUAAUUUACUGUUUUAAUAGUAUUUUUAAAUUAAAUAUGUUGAACGUUUCAAUUUUUGUGCCUUUUUGGACAAAAGAAAAAUGCCAUUGCUUCGAGUGGGCGGGCAUAUUUUUUUCCGGGCUGAGGGAGCUUGGUGGGGUCAAAGUGCAUCAUUCUCUGUCGCCCUGUAAAUCUGCACUGCCCCCUAGGGCCUGGCAUGAAUACUGCAUCGUUUUCAUGCGGAAUAGCGACAUUGAUCAAAUAGAGAUGCAAAUGCAAAUUCGAAAUUUUUCGUAUUCUCUGAUAGUCACCAUGUAAACGGCUCCUUAAAAGGAAGUGUUCCGGAAAUGCCGGAAAUGUAUCAGGAAGUGACUUGGAAUCGAAUGGAAAUUAAAAAAAAAGUGAAAAAACAUGCCUCUUUCCAAUGCUAAAUACAGAUAAAUACAUUGAACACACACACACAAAAAAAGUAGGGGGUGUUACUUCGCGGUUUUUCACUUAUCGUGGCGGGUUCUGGUCCCCAUUAACCGUGAAAAACGGGGAUCACUGUACUGUCAGCUUCAAGCUCCGCCUACCAUUUUGGAAUCUUUUCAAACAAGUAUUCCGUCGAAGAAGUUUGAAAAUUCUUCUGACCACUUGUGUUCCUAUUUUGACUUGAAAUCAAAAUGAAGGAACACCAGCAAGUGAACGAGCCUGACGUUACAACGCUGUACUGCCACUAUUCUGAUUUUAUGUUCACUACUGAAAAAGAAACAGAUUUUUGUGGUAGUAAAUGUUUUUCAUUGUUUUGUGCUUCACAAACUUUUUUUGUAUUUAAUAAUAAAUAAAUAAAUAAAUAAAAAACUCACCCUAUCCCAACUGACCCAUGGUUGUACAAAUGUUGUGUACAAUGACUGUUUUUUGGAGGAAAUAAAUGCCUAUACAUUAUCAGUGUUAGUCAUUUUUAUGUUAUGACUGAAAUAUGUGUAUUUAUGUGGUUGGAUUAAUAGUAUGAAUUUUUAAUCAUUUAAAAGCAA